UACAUAAUCACACGCACCGAACAUCCUUCCGUGCAAAACGAUUCUAUUCAUGCGAUUUUUGCCGGUACCCCGUGUCUGUGCCGCAAACACUUACAGCAUUCAACCCGCCACCCUAUAAACGCGCACUUCCAAACUGUCAAAAAGUGCACCACUUGUCAUCUCGCUCACUAGCAUGCACGGUCCGCGGUCUCUCUUUCUCGCCCGCAUCGCUUGCCGAAGGCCGCAAAAGUGCGUGGGAAAUUCACAGGUGUUGUGCGUUCCAGCUCUGCACUCUCUCUCUCUCUUUCUUCCGUUCACCAUCACCACAUACAUCUCAUCCGUUCAUUCAACAGCUUGCCCAAAGGGACACACGCAUUACAAACCCCCGUACGAUCGCGCUCGUUCCCACUCACUCACUCUCUCGGCGCGCACUAUCGUUCCGUCCCGUUCACACCAACACGCACAGCAGCAGCAGCAGCAGCAGCAGCAAAACGCCGUUUGUGAUUCCGCGGCUGACGCGAAAGGCGCUUUUCAUAAAGUGAGUGCGAUGCAAACGGGUAACGUCGUGGCCGUCGUCGUCCGUGUCAGAUAGAACUGUUUCGCUCCCGGGACAACAGUUGUGAGUGCGUGCGAGUGGCCGCAAGUGUGGCUAAAUUGUUUUCUCCCGCAAGGACGGUGUGCGUCCAUCGCUUGCUUUUGCUGUAAAUACACACGCGCGCACACACACACAGCUGUCGUGUUGGGACGCCGCUAAUAUCAACCGUCCGUCAGUGCGGUGUGCGGUUUAGUGCGCGUGUAGAUGGUGAAAUUGGAAAACAUUUCCCUAUUGGAAACAAUUGGAAUGUCACGGAGCUCCAGCACGCACGCCACCAACACCAAGUGAAACCAUUCCCGCAACAACAGUGUGAGGUUAGGUUGAGGAGUUUGCAGCGCUUCUGCACACGGCGUUCGUGUGUUUACCUUUUAUUCUCUUCUCGCCUCGGACCAGCAGCCGCCGUGUGACAGCUGAGGGCAAAACAACGGCAACUUGCACGGCCAACAGUGUGUGUCGCAGUGUGUGUGUGUGUGUCUGAAAUGGAAUAGAAAUAAAGGCGCCGUGCUUGUUUGGUGUGAUGCGGCAAGAAAGUAUCAGCGCCCCGUGACACGAACCGUGGCUGCGUGUAUCUGUGUGUGUACGUGACAAACUUUCCGGCAAAUCGCAGCAACCGCGUGAAAAGCAUACGUGAGUGAGUUCGCAACAAUUGGGUGUGUGUGCUGUCCUUGUUACGCACGUUCCGGAGUUCGCCCGUGUGACAGUGAGCAUAAGCGGAGCAUCGGGAGCAUUAGACAAGCAUAAUAACACCACCGACAUCGAAGGCAACGGAUUUAACUGACGUUUCUUUUGUGACUGCGUUGCCGCUUGGCGUGAUGAUGAUGAUGAUGGGCGAUGCUGCACGGGCGGAUGAAAGCUGCAGUAGAUGCAACGCUCGUGCAAUGUCUCUGUAAAGUGGAAGAAAACAGCGCACCACAAACGUGCACCACAGAUGCACCGGGGAAACGCAUCCGACUGGAUGUACAUACGGAGGAAAAAAGAAGAGCCCAGCUGUGUUUGUGGCAUCGUUCACUGUCUCUCUCUCUCUCGCUCUGUUGUUCCACGUCCCAUUCAUCACAGUGUCAAGGGCUGGGGUCGUGAUAGUGCAGCUGGCGUGUGCGAUAGUGACGCGUUCGUGUAUAGGUAAAGAACUCGCGCGUGUGAUUAUCGCGUCGUCGUCGUCCGUGGCGCGCGCGUCUGUGACAUCAGUGAUAAGAAGAGUGAGCAAAAAGUGUUUGUGUGGGUGUGUGUGAGUGAGAGUGUGAGGAAGCUUCGUGUUUAAUUGUGAUAAAAUCAAUCCUCCCACCUGCCUCUACGUAUCCAUUCCAAGAUCCACUUCGUGCUGCUUAGUGUGUAAUUCCCACCCGGGUGAAAAUUCAUUUCCCACCCGCUCUGUGUUCUCCGAAAAAAAGAAGAAAGUGUGUGCCAGUGUGUGCAGGUCGUGCCGGCUUGCUUUGAUUGAGUUGGCAUUAAUCUGGCCCAAACGAUUGCGCUACUGCCGUGUGCGUUCCUAAUCAAAACAACAACACACGUCGUGAACUGUCACUGUGUGUAUGGGGGGAAGUGUCAAAGGUUCAACAGCACCUGGAGCAUUCCGCUUAUUUUAUGCUGUGCUUCGGGUUCUCGGACUGCACACCAAGAGAGUAAAUCAUUUUAAAAAUAUUGUUCGUAAUAAACACCAUACAUGAACUCUUGUGAGCAUAUUUCCCCGUAAAAAAGACGUAAAAUCUGCCCCAACCCCGGAAUCAUCACGGAACGAACCGCCGAACAGCCGACCGACCCCCGGACACUCGAUCGAAGAAAGCAGCACCGCCACCACAAUGCCCCACCAGUACGGCAUCCCGGGGUACGGGCAGGCACCGCCCAGCCCACCGACCCACCACGGUGGUAGCGGGGCGCUGCUGCCCCGGCUCGGUGCCGCCGGCGCCGUCAUACCGGUGACCCCGAACAACAACGGCGGUUCCGGCAUGGGACCGACCACCUCGCCCAUCUUCCGCAGCCAGAUCGAGGAGCGGCGGUUGACGCGGGACGCGAUGGAAAAGUAUCUGCGCGAUCGCAACAACAUGGUCAUUGUUAUACUGCAUGCGAAGGUCGCCCAAAAGUCGUACGGCAACGAGAAGCGGUUCUUCUGUCCCCCGCCCUGCAUCUACCUGUUCGGCGAGGGCUGGCGGUUGCGCAAGGAGCAGAUGCUGCGCCGGGGCGAAAGCGAACAGUCCACCCAACUUUGUGCCUUCAUCGGUAUCGGCAGCCCGGAGCAGGAGAUGCAGCCGCUCGACCUGAACAACCCGAAGCAGUACUGUGCCGCCAAAACGCUCUUCAUCUCCGACUCGGACAAGCGCAAACACUUUAUGCUGUCGGUGAAGAUGUUCUACGGCAGCGGGCACGACAUCGGCGUGUUUCAGUCGAAGCGCAUCAAGGUGAUAUCGAAACCGUCGAAGAAGAAGCAAUCGCUCAAGAAUGCGGAUCUGUGCAUUGCGAGCGGCACCAAGGUGGCGCUGUUCAAUCGGUUACGGUCGCAAACCGUCUCGACGCGGUACCUGCACGUGGAGGACGGACACUUUCACGCCAGCUCGACGCAGUGGGGUGCCUUCACGAUCCAUCUGCUGGACGACAAUGAGAGCGAGUCGGAAGAGUUUCAGGUUCGCGAUGGCUAUGUGCAUUACGGUGCGACGGUGAAGCUGGUCUGCUCUGUGACCGGUAUGGCACUGCCCCGACUGGUCAUCCGCAAGGUUGACAAACAGAUGGCCCUGCUCGAGGCGGACGAUCCCGUUUCGCAGCUGCACAAGUGCGCCUUUCACAUGAAGGACACGGAGCGGAUGUACCUGUGCUUGUCGCAGGAAAAGAUCAUCCAGUUUCAAGCCUCCCCGUGCCCGAAGGAACCGAACAAGGAGAUGAUCAACGACGGUGCCUGCUGGACGAUCAUCUCGACCGACAAAGCCGAGUACCAGUUCUACGAAGGGAUGGGCCCGGUACGGACGCCCGUUACGCCCGUGCCAAUCGUCAACUCGCUGCACCUGAACGGUGGAGCCGAUGUGGCGAUGCUGGAAAUUACCGGCGACAACUUUACACCCUCCCUGCAGGCCUGGUUCGGCGAUGUCGAGGCGGAAACGAUGUACCGGUGUGCGGAGUCGCUGCUGUGCGUCGUGCCGGACAUAUCGCAGUUUCGCGGUGAAUGGUCAUGGGUACGCCAACCCACGCAAGUGCCUAUCUCGCUGGUGCGCAACGAUGGAAUUAUCUACGCGACCGGGCUCACCUUCACGUACACGCCCGAGCCGGGCCCGAGGCCGCCCUGCCCCGGCGCGGAAGACGUCCUGCGGCGGGGAUCGACCGCCGGCAGCCUGGGGGUGGUAGCGAACGCCAACACUAGCAAUAACAACAGCAACAGCAGCAACAACAGCAACAGUGCGUCGGUGGUCAACCAGCAGCCGGCAGCCGCGGCCGGCGCACUGCCCUCGAUUGCGGACGUUAGCUGGAGCUCGCACGGCGGCGGAUUGCCGUAACACCGCGGCUAAGGGACCGCCUGUUCGAGGAACGGUCCACGGAGCGGCUGUUUUGCGGCUGGGUGUGUAGACACUAGGGGUGGUGUGGUUUGACAGUGCGAUGGAAUUGUGUUAGCAGUGUAAGUGUAGGGGAAAUAUUUAUUUAGAACAAAAUUCAGACAAACAGUACCCCCACAGCAGCGGCGGGUAGCGCAGCAACUUCUCGAACAACUGGUUAGCUCGGUUACGGCGUGUUUCUUUCUAUUAAGCCACAGUUGGGAAGCGAUCGAUUACGGGAAGAAGGUGCGGGAUAAAACGGGACUUUUCACCUUACAUUAAGGUUAGCUUCCUUCUUCUUGCGUUCGUGAAGGUAGUUUAGGGCAACAAUGGUGGAAACGCUAUGGUAGCGCUUUUUAACGAAUGUUUUACGCUACUUGCAUGCGUUGUAGACGAACAAAAGGCAUUUGUAAGCAAUUUAAAAAGGAGUUUUUGGUGUAAAAUCCUGAUCUGUUGUGUUGCUGCUGGUCAUUAUUGCAACUUUUUAGGCUUUAAAUGUAUAGCGAUCGGUUCAUUGGUUGAUCCAUAAUAUGAUAUUAUAUCACGGGCUCGAUUUUUUUAUAUAGCCAAAGAUAUGCUUGUUUCAAAGAUUGCGAGACAGUCACGUUAAACGAAUUAUUGUCCAUCUCUAGCUUGAGAUGUAACUGAAGAAUCAUAGAUUGAGGUUUUUAUCAGGUUUGAUACUAAAAUUCAUUCAUUCUGUCACCUAAACAGAAGACGGAGCAGGUUCUUAAACGUACGUCUAUGAUGAUUGCUUUUAAAAUGGAAAUAAUUAGUAAUAAUUUUCCACAUUUCCGUAGAAUACGCGUAUUAUUUUCAAAAUUGGCAUUACUAAGGUAAUAACUAUGUACGAACCAUUUGAAACUUUAAUCUUUGAAUUUUUAUCAACACCCAACACCCUUGCGGCUUGAGCUCGCUAUACAGUUUUAUAAGUCAUAGAUAUUCUCUUUUUUUCUUAUACAACGUCCAUCUCCCAUGCUCGUUGUUGCUGCAUGUGCGCUGAAAUUUAUGACUUUUCUCACAUCCAUUCCGACGCAAAUCAGGAGGCGGCAUGUGAGGCGGCACACCGCAGUAAUUACGGGUGCAAUGGCGUGCAAUUCAAAUUGCAUGAUCACACACAACACCCUUCCCCCAGUCCGCCUAUGGCAGCUUCGUCUCGAUCUUAUUUUUUUUGCGUUGCAUUCAAAUCGGAUGCAUUCAAUUCAAAUGAAUCUGUCGCUACCGAUCCUACCCCAAAGCGAAACGCACUAACUAUGCUACCGUAUAAGCAUAACAAAAAGUACUCAGAAGGAGAAUGUAGAGAUAGAGAGAGAAAUUUUGACUUUGUUUAUCUAUUCCAUUAAGCCAAUGAAAGACGCGGGUUUUAAGCUUUAGGUUUCCUCCCCCUUGGUAUAAUGGGGCACAAUCAAUGCAGCAGGGAAUGCUGCUUCCCAGCUCUGCAAACAGUAGCUGCUGCUGACACGGUGUGUAAAUAAUACAUGUUUAGCUCAAACUUUUACUCAAAACCAAGGAGAAACUGUUGUGUGCAGUAUUAAAAACAAACAACAAGGCACUGAAUGUUAGCACGUAGCGACUCUAGAUAGCAUUAAUUGUAACUUGCUGUAUGUAUAUAGAGCUUAUCGCGGGCGGCCGUAAACCAUUGAUCUAUUUGCUAUUUAGUUCUUGCUCCCAUCGGUUGUUUUUUUUCUCGAUACUUUGCUUUUACUAUUAUUUCGAGGUUAGCAUUUAAUCGACGAUCUCUUCGACGCAACGAUGCAAUCAAGCAUUAUUCCAUUUUCUCUGUAAAAGAAUACACCUUUUUUAUUUUUAUUAUUGUAGCUUUAUAGCUUGCUUACCACUUUCAUUCACACAAUGUUUCAUUUCUUGUCCAUUGCGAGAGCAAAAAUUCAAAAAUUAAAUUGAAUGCGCUGUCUCGCAACACCAGGCGCCUCCACGCUGUUGGAAGCAAUGUCCAAAAAAAACAAAGCAAAAAUGUAUAAUAUGGAAUAGCAUUAACUAUGUACAUAAGCGGUAUAGAAGAUAUUCCCUUUAUUUGGUGCAACAUCAGAAGCAGCAAAAUCAGUGUUAAAGUAAAUUUUAAAAUGGAAAAAACGAGCUAAGCUAUUACUACCAUACUGCUGCACUGAAGUGUUCUCUCUUUAACGCGUGAGAACGAAACGUAAAGUGCACUCUGAACAGAAAUCUGAACCGGUAGUUAUUAGUUAAGGGGAAACUACCACAAACUAUUGCGCUGUAAUCUAUGUAACACGUAAACGACAAAAAGACGAAAAGCUACGCACCGAAAAGAAAAGCAUAAAAGACCUAUUUUUAGAGAUUUAUAUACAAAAAAACACACGCAAAGAUGGAUGCAUAUAUAUACAUUUGAACGAUGCAACGAAACGUCGUCAAUCUACUACAUCGAGCUGCUUUUAUGUGCGAACAGACACUUGCAGAAGCUAAUGAAGUGAAUGAUUUAUUGGUAAUAGGGUACAUUUUACCUACCACUGCAAGUGUUGCAAUUACAUGUAUUUUGUACUAUCGCUCUCCUUGCCACCGCUUGUCUUUCUUUUGUAUAAUCAUACCCAUUUCGUUUGGUAAAUGUUGUUGUUACAUUUUUUGUUUGGGCUUAAAACUUCUUGCAACGAAUGUGUAGCAUCAAUUCGGUGCUGCCAGAGUUUACCUAUCAAGUGGGGAAGGGAGAGACAGGGUCAAAGCACUCUUUCCGUUUCGUUCGUAAAAUGAACUGAACCGAACCGGGUGCGUGUGAAAAAUUACCCCGUGAGAUUAUGCUAUAGGUUUGUAAGGAGAAAUGUUUGCACGUGCUCUCUCUUUCCCUCUAUUGCUCCAUCUCUCGCAGCGUCACAGGUUCACAAAUCAACUAAUAAUCCCUCCGAAUGGUAUGUGUUAAAGCUCCGUGGGAGGCAACGAACGAACAAACUAAAGACAAAUCAUUGCACUUGCUCGAGUGUGAAAGAAAACUUAUAAUCACGGGAAAGUAGCGAACGUAAAGAAAGAAAACCAGAGCACAGGAAGUUAAUUGUUUUAUAAGUCGUCGAUCAUAACGCGAGCGUAGCCCAAAUGAGGAAGAAGAAAACAGGAAAGGAGCAAAAAAAAACAAAGGCAAAUGAUUACUAAGGCAAAAAGGGGAAAAAUAGACAAACACACAAACAAACAAAAAAUGUAAAUCAUGAAAAUCCAUCCAAACCCACCGCACUGUUGUUGAGGGGUGGUGGGCAUUGUGAUAGGAUGGAAAACUAAUAGCGUUUAAAGAAAGAACGAGAGAGAGAGAAAAGAGAAGUAUAAAAAAGGGAAAACAAAAAGAAUAGCAGGUGCAAAGACAGGAAAAAAACUAAACACAAUGGAAUUGAUGCACUAAACAAGAGCAUUCCGAGCAAAAAAGAGGAUGGAAAGUUGAAGGUUGUAAAGCAGAAGAAAAAAACACGAAGCGUUGCCCGCAAAAAAAAAACAGGAAAAAAGCGUUAAUUAUAAGAAAA